GCAACAGGCGGGGCAGUCGGGAGGGAUAGGUAAGAGCAGUGGAACCACAGGGAAAUCGGAUGACGUCUUGAAUAUGCAGAUUAAGAUGGGCGCGACUGCAGACCAACAACCGGAGGGGACAGGAUCAGCAGGUGCUGGUCCAGCAGGAGAAGCUUCUAUCGGCGGUACCGAGGAGCAAGACGCGCACGGAGAGGUGGACGCGCGGGGGAUUUUGGGGGAAUACGUGAACCCCGAUCCGAACUGCCAAGGUCCACUGAUCCUAUGAAUUGCAAAAGCAUCGUACUAGUAGUAAUUGCAUUACAAUCUACCUCAGCAUGACAAAUGGAAGUUGUCAUGCUGUUUUACCUUGGGAUGGACGAGAUUUGUAAUGCAUAAAUGCAAUCAUUACGAGUACGAUACUUUUGCACAGGAUAGAUCCUCGCUUUUGACAACGAGGGGUACCCUACGAAGCCGUACAAUCCGGGUAUCAACUGCAAAUAUGUCUGGGUCUGGGAGAUGAUUCCGAGAUUUGUCAUGCUAGUCCGGCAUGAUUCAGAUUCUGAGCUCUGUAUUGCGUGACCGCGAAGACCUCCUCUUGCCUGUCAUGCAAAAACACUUUUUCUCAUGCGGAAUACGCAAGAACCCAGAACCACGGAAAAACUUCUCAUGCUUCGCAGCGCGUUACAGUUUGCUCACUAUUCCCUUUCUUGCAUCACAAGUUUCCAGACAGAGGUGGUAUAUUUGCAAUUCAUAACCAGGGAUGAGAAGCAACUGUUUCGGAAUUACGACCCGGUUACGAAACUACCGAUUAUGCCGAUGAACAUGGAAACGGGCGAGCUGGAAAUCCCGAGAAGCGGCUUAGGACAGCCGCUAAUCCCGGUAGAUCCGCAAAAUCCGAAUUUUCCGAAUUUGCAGAUCGUGAAAAAGUGGGGCGUGUUGUUACUACCGGUGGACGUCAAGGGCUUCCCGUUGAUGGACAUCGACCCGAAUACCGGCUGUCCGGUUAUUCACUGCGCGAUCGAUGCGGAAACGGGGUUUCCGGUCAUACAACGGGAUCCGGACGACCCGGGGAAAUUUUUAACCCCUUUACGGGAUUUUUUCGAAAAAUCUCUUGAACUACUCGAAAAAGAGGAGCAGGAGCGGAUCAUGAAGGAGAUCGCGGAACAGGAAAAGAAAUCCGCGGAAAACAUUGGAGUCGCGCGGGGAGAGAAAGCGCUUGCUGCGGGGGCGAAAGCUGCCAUGAUGGCGGAGGGUUACGAGUUUGGGAAACAUACCGCGGAAGAGGAACAGCGGGAGAUGGAGUUACUCGCGAAGGAACAGAAACUGGAUUUUUACUUACUCUCCGAUGAUGAAGUAGCCCGCGCGCUCUACAUGAACAACGUGGACGUUGCGACCCUGGGGAUCUUAUGAACUGCAAAAGUAUCGUACUCGUAUAAAUGCAUGACAAAUUUUCUCAGCAUGAGAAAAAAUUUGUAAUGCGGAUUUACCUUUAGCAAAGGAUUUGUAAUGCAUGAUUGCAAUUACUACGAGUACGAUACUUUUGCACAGGAUAGAUCUUUCCCACACCGUACGAGCGCGCGAUGGGGGAGCAUUUACUCCCUGACGACGACGUGAAAAAGUUCAUCCCCGACGCGAUCGACCAAAUCGAGGAGGAAAAAGAUCGGAAUUGGUUCAAAAACGGGUGGGGCGCGAGUUUGCGGAAGGCGGAUGCGGAAAAAUCGGAGAAGCACAAAGCAUCAGUAUCCUGAGCAAAAACAUUCAUCCUACCCCAGAGUCAAGUUGGGAAUCUUCCAUCACAAAUCUCGAAGUUUUGGAAGCUGUGCAUGACAAGUUUCCCUCUGCAGUGACAGUGUAGUGCUGGUUGGCAAGGGAAGCCGCAUGAGAAAGCCACUUUCUCGCCCUGUUUGCAGCAUUACAAAUUCCAAAACACGCUUGAAAAUACCUUUCAUGGAGCUGCGCAUUACAAAUGUUCCUGUCAUUGCACAUUUGCAUCACAACUCUGGGGAGGUGGGGACGUUUUUACUCAGGAUAAUCAGCCGCUUACGCAGUCGGCGCGCAGAUGCCCGGGCCGGUGGCGAAUUACGCGUACUUGAUGAAUCUGCAGAAGCCGGUGUUGGCGCUGGAACUGACACUACGACCCGGGCCGUUUUUGCGGAGAAGAAUGCCGGAUUUGCCCAAGGGGGUCCAGAAGGAGUUGAAUACCGUCCCUUUGCCCGACCCGGCAAUCGACGGGAAGAAGGGGUUCCAGUGGGUAAACUACGAGAUAAAUUUUGCGAAAUUAUCUCGGGUUUUGAAGAUGCUGGGGGUGGAUACAAUGACGGUGUACCAGGAAUCAGACUUUGAGAAGACCAACCGGAACCAAGAUUUCAAAGCGGGGGUGAAUACUGGGAUGAAGGGAACUUCAGAUUUUUUUCUGCAGGAGAAGAACCAGCAACCGAAUCUUGUCGCUCGGUAUCUCUACAAAAAAGGGAUUGACGCGGAGGAUUUGGGUUUGUGGCCGGAAGCGGGUAGCAAAACGGAACUGAAGCACCAAUUUACAAAGGUGAAGAGGAAGAAGUUGAAUGCGAAGGUCGAGGUGAAAGUGAAAGGGAAGAGAUUAGACAACCGGAUCGACUACAACAAACACGAAAGCUCCAGUGAAGACGUCGGGGAAGACGGUAAAGAUCCGUUCGGGGCGAACGUUGCGAGGUCGAUCUUGCGUCCGGAUAAAGAUUACAGCUACCUGCUCCCGAAAGACAUACGAUUGCAGUUGAAACUGGUCGGGUUGCCGAAGAAUCCCGGGCCGUUCCUCCAACGGAAAAAGCGGAAGAUCGACCAUAUCAAAUGCAAAAAUGUUUGGGUCUGGAAGACUUUGAGACUUGUCAUGCUUGUCUGUCAUGACCAAAAAGUUUGUGAUGCGUGUCCAAGAAGAGACCCUUUUGCCUAUCAUGCAAAAACGCAGUUUGUCAUUGUCUUUGUCGUGCGAAAAACGCAACAUAGAUAUUUCUCAUGCUUGCCUGUGCAUUACAGAGCAUUCACUAUUCCCAACGCAGCAUUACAAGUUUCCAGACCCCGACAUUUUUGCAUUUGAUAGACCAGGCGGCGGUGCAAAUCCAGGCACAGAUCCGGGGGAAAAUGAUCCGGGCGCAUAUCCACAGAAAAAAACCCACUCACAUCCACUUUUUGCAUGACAAACACAGGACUUUAUGUAUGUUUUGCAUGACAAAUUCUUGGAUGUGGAUGGGUGUUUUUUUCUGGAUAGCGCAGUUACGGGGAGAUAACGCGGAGAUGGACAAACUCGCCGCGAAGCUUUCGAAGGCGAAGAGCGUGUACAAGCGGAACGAGUAUGGAUUGCAAAUAUGUCUGGAUCUGGAAUAAACUUGUGAUGCUGAACUGUAGAUGAUGACAAACACUUCCAAAUGCAGCCAAGUGUGACAAGUUUGAAGGACGCUGUCUUAUGCGCAGCCCGCAUGAGUAGAAACAGCGUUUUUGAGACUUUUUGUAGGUCCUGCAACACAGAGACAGAUUUCAUAGGAAUGUAAGCCCAGCAUUACAAGUUCCAACUUUCCAGACCCAGACAUGUUUGCAAUGCAUAACGAAACGCAGUUCGCGAAGUGGAGCUCCAUUCACCAGCAAAAGAAGGAGCAGCAAAAAGUGAUGAUGGAGCAGAAGAAACUAGACAAGAAAGCCGACAUGUAUUGCUUGCUCAGAUGUUACAAUCUCAAACGUUACAAUAGAAUCUGGAAUUUGUCUUGCAUGAACAACAUGAGUACCAUAUAGAGACUUGGGCUUUUUGCAAUACAAAUUUCGUCAGAUAUUUCUCAUGAGGUUUGGAGUCCCGAAACUUGUCAUGCGCGCUCCUUUGGGAGUAGGCCAGAUGUUGCGCAUUUUGCAACACAAAUUCCAGAUUCUAUUCGUAACGUUUGAGAUUGUAACUACAUCUGAGCGGGUUAUAGCAUGGGGAAGGCGAUGGGGGAGUUGGUAAACGCGUUGAAUCCGUUUUCGGACGGGACAAAAGAGAAAAAACUAGACGGUGAAUCGGACAGCAGCAGCGACGACGGCACGGGCAAAGCCCCGGGUCUCGGCACCGCGGUGGCGCACAUUGGCGGGGCGAUCGCGGGGAAUUUCCAGAAACUCGGGAACGUUUUGAGUGGGAUUAAAUCGCCGCUGCGGGGAGGAGGUUAUGGUGGUGGAAGUUCGCCGGAUAACAAUACUGAUUCGCCGUUUGGUUUCAAAAUCGGAGGCGGUGCUGGUGCCCGGCCUGGACACGACGAUGUCAUGGCGAUGAUGAGCAACCGGGGACUGGAUAAACACAGCAGUUCCGAUGACGAUAGUGACACCUCACCGAAGAGAAACAAAGGCCCGAAGCCCAUGGAGGCGAAGCGGAUCGUGAGGAAGUUCAUGAACAAAGAGGUCGGGAACCAAGAACCGUUGAGCUGGAACCCCGAUGCGUUCGAAGAGUGGAACGACUACGAAAUCGAUUUUCCGAAGUUAAGGCAGGUGAUCCAGAAGUGUCUGAAGGAGAACUCGCAGAACGAUGAGUUCGCCGGAGACAACAAUCCGGGAAUUUUGAAAUACCGGUUGGAAGCGAUGAGCAACGAGACGUUGAAGAAAACGCUGUAUUUAGCGAGGAUCGACGCGGAAUCCUUGAAAAUCUUUCCCAAAGUUUCCGCCUGGUUUUCCGCCGAGAAGGAUUGGUCGCACUUGAUCAAGGAUGAGAGUCCGGCAAAACCCGUGAUCCGGUUCCGGAAGAUGCCGGUGCCGAGCCCGCUGUUGAAGAUGAAGGACGAGGCGAGGAAGCGGAAGGAGGGGAAAUUUUUCCGGAGUUCUAACGAGGUGAACGCGGAUAUUGCGGAGGCGCUGAACCACGCAGAGGGGCUCAUUAUGGGGAGAAAAUGAGGAACGGGAUAAAAACUACUUUACCUUAGCCUUAACCUUAUCGAUGUAGUAGUAGUCGUGAUCAUGUGCCGAAAAAUAAAAUGAAAAAGUCUUGGAACCUCCACGGUAGUGGCAGAAUCGAGCGGCUGCGCUUCUUCCCGCCUGCUGCUGGUUCAGAACUUUUCGAACGAUCAAAUUCUAACAUCAGAGCACUCCUAGUGCUCUGAUGAGUCGUCUUGAUAGGCAUGCAAGGCGCUCUCGCUCCAUGCAACGCGUAUAAACACUACAAGACAAUGAGAAUGACAAUGAUACUUUUUGCACUAAUGAUCAUCGGUGUCUCUAGCUCGGCCAUCCGUGCCGUAUGAAAUCACGUAGUUGACAAGUCGAACAGAAGUGUCUUCAUUUGCGAUCGGCUGUAGAACGACUCUUUAU